AUGGUGGCUGUUAGGCAGAAUAGGCAAAUGAUUUAUUCUAUGUUGAAUGAGCAGGGUUGGCUUUUGGAUACGCAUGAGCAAAUUUCUGAGGAAGCUAUUACCUUCUCUGAACAGCUGUUGGGGUCAAGAAACAACUCAGUUUCGGGGGAAAAUAAAAAAGUUUCUAAGGAAGAAGUCAAGGCUGCCAUGUUUGCUCAGGACUUUGAUAGGGUUCCUGAGCCGGAUGGCUAUUCCUCCCACUUCUUCAAGGUGGCUUGGGAUAUAGUUAGGGAAGAUGUCUCUCAGGCUGUGUUUUAUUUCUUUGAGCACUCGAAAAUGCUGCCCGCCUUCAAUGCGACCACAUUAGUGCUUGUUCUAAAGAAAAUUAACCCUAGUUACAUGCGAGAUUUUAGGCUUAUCUCAUGUCGCAGUGUUGUUUACAAAUGCAUAACUUGUAUUAUACUGUCUAGACUUAACGGGUCUCUGCCUGAGGUUAUUUCUGAGAGUUAA